AUGGAACUCCUACACACACAAACAGUACUGCUCCUUCUCAUUUUCUUCUUCUGCAUUCCCCCGUCCGUUCCCUUCACGGUCAUCAUGUCGGAUUCCGGGUCGCCCUCCGCCCUCAUCGACGGUCCCCAGACCGGAUUCUCCAUCACCAGCGACCGCGCCCGCACCGACCCCCGCGAGCAGGACGCCGUCUACGACGUCAUGAAAGCCACCGGCAACCAAUGGGCCACCGCCAUCCCCGACGUCUGCCGCGGCCGCUGGCACGGCAUCGAGUGCAUGCCCGACAACGACGACGUCUUCCACGUCGUGUCCCUCUCGUUCGGAGCCUUAUCCGACGACACCGCCUUCCCCACCUGCGACCCGACCCGGUCCGUCAUCUCGCCUUCCAUCACAAAGCUUCCCCACAUUCGGACCCUCUUCUUCUACCGAUGUUUUACUUACAACCCGCAACCCGUACCCGGGUUCUUGGGCCGGUUGGGCUCCUCGCUCCGGACCCUGGUGCUCAGGGAGAACGGCCACGUGGGUCCCAUCCCCAACGAACUGGGCAACCUCACCCGCUUGAUGGUCCUCGAUCUUCACAACAACAAUCUCAACGGUUCAAUACCGGCUUCGCUGGGCCGGGUGGCCGGUCUGAGGUCGUUGGAUUUGAGCGGGAACAGGUUAACCGGUACUGUACCUGGUUUAAACUCCCCUGCUCUGAGCGUCCUGGACCUCAGCCAGAAUCUCCUCACGGGUUCAAUCCCACCGAGCCUGGGAAGCUGCCAUUCUCUAGUCAAAAUGGAUUUUAGCCGUAAUCAUUUAUCCGGUUCGAUACCUCAGUCGAUCAAUGGCUUGAAAAAUUUAAUUCUAAUGGAUUUAAGUUAUAAUCAUCUCUCUGGUCCGAUUCCCAUGUCACUGAGAAAUUUGGAUUCCCUUCAAGCUUUGAUCCUCAGAGGGAAUCCAUUGGUAUCUGCUACGAUCUCCGAUGAUGCAUUUGAUAAUAUGAAAGAUCUAAUGAUUUUGGUUUUAUCAGAUAUGAAUUUGCACGGACAGAUUCCUAGUUCACUCGGACGAUUACCUAAUAUUCGCGUUAUUCAUCUCGACGGGAACCAUUUAAACGGCUCGAUCCCAAAAAGCUUCGGUGAGUUAAAUAAUCUCAGUGAGUUGAGAUUGAAUGAUAAUCGAUUAACUGGACCGGUGCCAUUUGGUAGAGAAAUGGUUUGGCGAAUGCGGAGAAAACUAAAACUUUAUAAUAAUUCAGGACUUUGCUACAAUCCAUAUAGUGGUUUUGAGAAUGGUUUAGAUUCGUGGUAUGAUUCAGGCAUAGGAUUUUGUGAGACGCCAAAGCAUGCAUCAGUAGGUACAGUGCAACAUCUUUCAACAACAAAUCAAGCAGCAGCAAAAUCAAUAGGAAAAUCAUCAGCUAUAGUUGAUAAAUCUCUUGUUCUUAUUGUUCAAUUGCUUCACUUGUCCGCAUUUGUGUUGUUCAUGUUAUGA